AGUCGUCCGACGUUCACAUUACAGACGAGUCGAAAUCGAGAUGCAAGGUAUGCUGCUGCCAGUGUUGUUGUGGAUGAUUUGGAGUCCGGAGUCUGCGGCUAAGGAGCUGGAACUAAGCCGAAGCCCACGUAUUGUGGGUGGCCACCCGAGCGGUGUGCGGAACCAGCCGCACGUGGUUAAUAUCCGGCGACGUGGGAACUUCGAGUGCGGCGGUUCCCUGGUCACUCCACACUGCGUCCUGACCGCCGCCCACUGCCUUAAAGAUGGCAAACCAUCGGAUUUUGUGGUUCGUGGCGGGGUGACCUAUCUAACUGAUAUGCGUAACUCCCGCUAUGUGAGGAAAAUACUGCUGCCAUCGGCCUACAACCGCGCCACAUUGGACCACGACGUGGCGCUCCUCCAGCUUCAGCAACCGCUUUCAGCCUCCAUUGCGAAACCCAUCUCCUUGGCCGUGCGGUCUCCGCCAUCUGGAUCUUUCGUCCGGGUUUCCGGCUGGGGAUUAACCAAAGCGAGCUCCAAGUCGCUGCCCAAUCAGCUGCAAAGUGUCCAUGUGCAAGUGAUGCCCCAACGGGAGUGUCGGGAGUUGUAUCGGGGCUACCGGAACAUCACGGCCAGCAUGUUCUGUGCAUCCGUGCCGGGCUUAAAGGAUGCAUGUGCCGCGGAUUCCGGAGGGCCAGUGGUCAAUUCCCAAGGCAUCCUUGUGGGCGUCGUGUCGUGGGGCAGGGCACAUCGGUGUGCCGCCAGGGAUAGUCCAGGAGUAUACUCUGAUGUGAGCUACCUGUCCGACUGGAUAGUGGAUAAUAUUCACAGGUACUGCUAGCUCCGCUUAGAUUCUUCGACUUAUUAAUCAGUAUUAGAUAGUUAACCCUGAUCGUUGAUGGCACCUGGAGCUGGAAUGCCAUUGAAGUGGCAAUGCCUGCCAUUGUGACCCGUACCGUACUGUUUGCUCAGGUGAUUUCUCGAUGUUUUGCCAAAUAUCCGGCCAUAAAAGCCGGGGCAAGGUCAUAAGCACAACAGUUCACAUCGAGAUGCUUUGGCGCUGGGAGUGUCUUAUUUUGGGCAUGCUGCUCUUGGCCGAGCUCAUCCAGUUGGGCGAAACCGUGGCAAGCAAUCAGCAAAGGAGAAACAGGAGACUGAGAAGAGUCAACGGAACCAAGCAGUUGGCAGGCAGAAAAAACCAAACCGGAAACAGAAGCAAGCGCAACCAAACUACAGCGAGGAAACUCAACACCAAGGGCGUCAACCAAAACAAGAAGAUCGCCACAUCGAGCAAGAUUCAGUCGAGGAUUGUGGGUGGCACAAGCACCACCAUUUCCACCACACCCUACAUUGUCCAGUUGCGUCGAGGCUCGAGUCUGUGUGGUGGUUCCCUCAUCGCCCAACAAUGGGUUCUAACUGCCGCCCAUUGUGUCAAGGGAUACCGUGCCUCCGAUUUCACGGUGCGCGGUGGAACCACUACUUUGGAUGGCAGUGAUGGCGUCACUCGCUCCGUCAGUUCCAUUCACGUGGCGCCCAAGUUCACCUCGAAGAAAAUGAACAUGGACGCCGCUUUGCUCAAGCUGAACCAAUCCCUGACGGGCACAAAUAUCGGAACCAUAUCAAUGGCCAACUAUCGACCCAAGGGCGGUUCAAGGGUACGCAUUGCAGGAUGGGGUUUGACCAAGGAAGGUAGCAAAACGGCAUCCAAAACGCUGCGGACCGUACAGAUAAGGGUGGUCAGGCAGCAAAAGUGCCGGAAGGAGUACCGCGGUCAGGCUACCAUCACCAAGUACAUGCUCUGUGCACGCGCUGCCGGCAAGGAUUCCUGCAGCGGAGAUUCCGGUGGCCCAGUGACCAGGAACAACACGCUCGUGGGCAUCGUAUCCUUUGGUUAUGGGUGCGCCAGAGCCGGCUAUCCAGGCGUAUACACAGCCGUGUCUUCGAUCCGCCAGUGGGCCACCAAUAUCAUGGCCAACAAUUGAGAAUCGCAAGUUUGAGCGAUAUAAAAUUAGAACUACCCUAGAUCGUAAGGUCGUUGAAAGCUAUUUGCGACAUAAUAAAAGUUU